AUGUCUAGUCCAUCAGGUACCGGUAAAUCCACUUUAUUGAAGAAAUUAUUUGCUGAAUUCCCAGAUAAAUUUGGUUUCUCAGUUUCAAUUAAUGGUAAAGAUUAUCACUUCACAACUGUUGAUGAUUUCAAAAAAUUGAUUGAUGAAAAAGCUUUUAUUGAAUGGGCUCAAUUCUCAGGUAACUAUUACGGUACUACAAUUAAAGCUGUUGAAGAUGUUGCAACCGUUGGUAGAACUUGUAUUUUAGAUAUUGAUAUGCAAGGUGUUAAAUCUGUUAAAAACACAAACUUGAAUGCUAGAUUCUUAUUCUUAGCUCCACCAUCUGUUGAAAUUUUAAGACAAAGAUUAGAAGGUAGAGGUACUGAAACUCAAGAAAGUGUUGAAAAAAGAAUUGCUGCUGCAACUGCUGAAAUUGAAUAUUCUAAAACUGGUGCUCAUGAUAAAAUAAUUGUUAAUGAUGAUUUAGAUAAAGCUUAUGCUGAAUUAAAAGAAUUCAUUUUGCAAUAG